GGAGGAAGUAGACGAAGAAGAAGAAGCGGAAGAAGAAGAGGAAGCUGGUCAGUCGCUUGUCUUUUCUCCAAAAGAAAAUGGACACGCGGUUCACUCGGGGAAAAUCCAACAUCCUGGAGCGCCCCCUGACCCGCCCCAAGACUGAGGUCAGCGUGAGCGCUUUUGCCCUGCUGUUCUCAGAGAUGGUCCAGUACUGUCAGAGCCGCGUGUACUCGGUGUCGGAGCUGCAGACACGCCUGGCGGACAUGGGCCAGAGUGUGGGAGCCAGCAUGCUGGACGUGCUGGUGCUGAGAGAGAAGAACGGGAAGAGGGAGACCAAAGUGCUGAAUAUGCUGCUCUUCAUCAAGGUGAAUGUGUGGAAGUCUUUGUUUGGGAAGGAGGCCGACAAGCUGGAGCAGGCCAACGAUGAUGACAAGACCUAUUACAUCAUAGAAAAGGAGCCACUUAUCAACGCGUACAUCUCUGUGCCCAAGGAGAACAGCAGCUUGAACUGUGCUGCCUUCACCGCGGGCAUCGUGGAGGCCAUCCUCACACACAGCGGCUUCCCCGCCAAGGUCACCGCCCACUGGCACAAAGGCACCACGCUGAUGAUAAAGUUUAACGAGUCAGUCAUAGCCAGGGACAAAGCUCUGGACGGCAGAUAAAAGACUGGAGAGAUGUUUAUCCAUACAGGAUGAAUGAAAUCAUCCGGGUCCAGACUGGUGUUUGUUCCUGACUGAAUUUCCUUGUGGUAACUUAUGAGACAGGAUGAAGGGAUGACGGCAGCGUAAUGAGCCACGUUUAGAGCAGAAACAUGCUGUGGCUCCAUGUUUUUAUGGAUCAUCUCACUCCUGUUAGUCCUCAUCAAGUGUCACAAAGUUGUUUACUGAAGAUCACUUUUAAUUUGUGGUUUCACGUCACAGUUUUGCAUCACAGAUCAUCCAUCAUUUUGGUGUUUUCAACAGUACUCCUCUGACUUCUAAAGGUCCAGUGUGUCAUUUAUAGUUUAUAAUCACUUGAAAAUAAGAUUUGUUUUUGUUAUUUUAGAAUGAGCCAUUUGUAUCUACAUACAGAGUGGGUGCUAUUCCUGAA